AUGACUACUAUCUUCGCACGCCCACCGCUCCAAUCGCUUCCUAUGGCCACAAACCGACCGACGACGCGACGAAGGAGCGCAAAACAAGCCUUCGAUGACGACGAUGCGCCGGCGCCAAAACGAGCAAAGGCCACUGCUGCGCCAAAGAAGACAGCAAAGGCAGCUGCAUACGACGAGGAUGAUGAUGGCUUCCAAUUCUCGCGUCGCACGUCGUCGCGAAGGACUACAAAGGUGCAGGCUGCGCCGGCACCAGCACCAGAACCAAUACCCGAGGAAAGACCAACGAAGCCUGCGCGACCUGUCGAAGCGCAAUCCGUCAAACCAGCUGCGCGAAAGAAGAAACUGUCAAUUGCGGCAGCCGAUCCAGAAUCUUCAGACUCGGGAAAGCGACGGCGAUCAGCGCGCAUAUCUGCCGACAGUAGACAGCUAGAGGUGCGACCGAAGUCCACAGAACCUCCUCCAACAAAAACACGCACGAAGAAAGCCGCGCCUACAGAGAAGGAAAGGAGGAAACAGGUCACACCCCCGCUAGAAGCACAGCCCGAACCGAAGAGCGCGUAUGCAGGCGUACAAACACCGAGACAUAAUGAGAUACAGGUUGCGAAGAGGCGCGAUCCCAACGCCCAAAAGAUUAUGCUGCCUUUUGCCGACACACCAGUUAUAACGAGGAACAAGGAGAUGCGCAAGGGAGGUAACAAGGACGGGUCAAGAAGGAGUAGCACAGGCUUGCGAGGGAGGAGAGCAAGUUCGCUGAUUGAUAGCGGCCAGUCGAAUGGUGAGUCUGAACACGAUGCACAGAAGAACUGGGCAGAGAACCUAAACGCGUUACCACACUCCGAGGUCGAAGUUCGAGAUUUCUACAAAUACAUCGAGCAAAGUCUACCCGAACCGCGACGGAUGAAGCAGCUUUUGACAUGGUGUGGAUCGCGAGCACUGCCAGCGAAGCCAUCGGGCGAUGUCAAGAACGCGAAUGCGAUCAUGGCUGCGCGAGCGAUUCAGCAAGAGCUUAUAGACGACUUUGCAAGCAAACCUGAGCUUUCGGACUGGUUCAGCAGGGAAGAAACAGCGCCACCACCUGUGGUAAAGAAGCCGAAUCCCCAGAACGAGAUGAACAAAGCCAAACUGGAGGAGCUGGAAGAGGAAGUCAGACGCCUCGAGGAAGAGAAAGCCGCUUGGGAAGCCAUCGCAUCGGCAUCGAAAGCCAACCCUCCACCACCCGCACCUUCAAUACCCACUUCGGCACCUACACUAUCGGACAUUGAUACAUCCCUCCUCGAUCCCGAUCAAGCUGCCAUACUUUCUUCUCUCCAAUUAGCACAACCACAGACUUCACCACAACCGCCAUCAUCAGCAUUCACUUUCACAUCGCCCACGGCACUACAAUCACAUUUGACAUCACUCGCCAACUCGCUAGAACCGCACAUCGACCUCUUCGCAGAUGGUGUUCAUAAGGUCGAGCAGUACCGUGCUACAGCAGAACGAGUAGCGGAUCGUGUGCUGGGAACGGCGGCAAAGAGAUUAGAAGAGCGAGAUCGGGAAGCAAAGGAAAGAGUCGGCACAGAAGGCAUCGGUGUAGGUGACAUACUUAGAGGCCUUGCAGGUGUACUUGGGGAGCAAUAG